UUACUUAACUUGUUGCUUCGGCUAUGUGUUCAGUGAAUUACAAACUUGAAGUGUUUUCCUAUAUAUAUUUUUCUGGUGAAAAUUGACAUUUGAACUUUGAAAAAAAAAAUAUAUAUAUAUUUAUUCAAAUAAAUAAACAAGUUAUUACGAAACAUUUAUCACUGCUCUUUUGCAAUUAUUUUUGAUAUCAAUCAAGUGUUCAAUAUACAUUUAUAUUAAUUUGUGAUAAUACAACACAAUAAGCAAAUACGCCAUGAAUGACUUAGUGGAUUUACGAUUACAUCAUCACAUCGCUCAAGAAAUCUAUCGCCAACAAAUGAUGCAGCGCUUACCUGAUCCAUACCCAAAUAUGUUGACAAUGUCACGACACAUUCAGUUACCACCGCGAUAUGGUUUGCCAGACGUGAAUGCAACACUGCAAAACGCUGAAUUAUGGCAACAAUUUCAUGAAAUUGGCACGGAAAUGAUCAUCACAAAAAAUGGACGCCGAAUGUUUCCGUCAUUGCGUGUUGCAUUGUCCGGUUUGGAGAAAGAUGCUCACUAUUGCGUUGUGCUUGAAAUGGCACCACUCAGCGAUUGUCGAUACAAAUUUUCAGGCAGCCAAUGGGUACCAGCUGGUGGUGCUGAACCACAAAGCUCACAACGAAUGUACAUUCAUCCAGACAGUCCAGCAUUGGGAUCACACUGGCAAGCACAGCCAGUUAUCUUCAACAAGGUCAAAUUGACAAACAACACAUUGGAUAGCCAGGGACAUAUGGUUUUGACAAGUAUGCACAAAUAUCAACCAAGAUUGCAUAUCAUUCGCACAUCCGAACCGUCGCAGAUCCCAUGGGCGCCACAACAAUCGUUUACAUUUCCUGAAACUGAAUUCGUUGCCGUCACCGCUUAUCAAAAUGAUCGAAUCACAAAGUUGAAGAUCGAUAACAAUCCAUUUGCCAAAGGUUUUCGUGAAUCCGGUCAAUCGAGAAUAAAGCGGAAACUCACAUCAUCCACAUCUUCAUCAUCGUCGUCGUCAUCAUCAAAAGCAAAUACACCAAUGGAGGCAAGUAAUGACAAAAAGCUACGACGCAACGAACUCUUUGAAUACAAAAACACAAUGAAAGAGAAUAAAAUUGGCCGCAAACGAUCAAACAGUUUAUCUGAGUCAACGUCGUCGGCUGAUGAAAGUGGCAACUCUGUGGGCGAUGAGAUGAUUUCUUCAUCUUCACUCAGCGGAACCAGUUCACCAGCAACAUCAACCCAUGAAUAUAAUCCGGCUACUUAUGAUGAAUCCGAUGAUUAUACAACAUUAAAAUCAUAUGAAACGAAUCACGUUGGAAAUGGUUUACCGACUGUUGGACGUCAUCAUCCAUCAUCCGAAUGGAUUGACUUGAUGACACUGCGCUACAUUCAAGCAAAUGGAAAUUAUCCACCACAACAACCAUUAUUUUAUUCAACAUUGCCAAGAAAUUAUGAUUCGGUAACGUCACCAUUUAAACAAUCGCCACAUUUUAUGCAAGCCACCCCAAUCGAUUUGGCACGUACAUAUGAACAAAUGCCAUCACCGGAUUUUCCACCAUCAAUGGUACCAGCCAUUUUGGAACAACAAAAAAAAACCAUCGCAGUCAGCCCACCGAAAAAAACUGGAUUCUCAAUAUCAGCUAUCUUAGGAUGUGAGAGUUAAACAGAGAGAGAGGGAGAGAGAAUGAUAGACAUACACACAAAGCUUCAAUUCUAACAACCGUCGCGGAUGCCAAAUCGUUUCGAGCUAUUUUCAUUGAAUUAUUUUUUUAUUUACGAAAACAGACAAAUUUGAUUAUGUUUAUUUAAACAGAAAAAAAAACUGCAUUUUUGGAACUCAUCAAAUUAUCUAUUUUUCAUGUUUUAACUUUAAGAUAAUGUGAAGGAAAAUCAAUCUAAAAUUGUUCUCUUAUGAUUAUUAUGUACGAAUUAAUGUUGUUCGAGAGUGCAAUUAAUCAGUUUUGAAAAGCGCAAACAUUCAUUCUCUCAUCCGCUGAUUUAACAGAAGAUAUAUAUAUACAUAUAAUUAAAAUGGACAAACUGUAAAACGACGUCCCUAUUAUGCCUACACAAAUUAUGAUCAUGUGUUUUAAAAAACUGAAAACACCAUGCUCCAACAAAGCCAUUUAUAAUUUGAGAUUAAUUAGCACGUACGACUACGUUAUAAUUUAGAUUGUAAAUAAUUCAUCGAUAAAAAUAUAUUAGACUUUUUUAUUAAAACAAAACAAACAUAUUUUUAUACGUACAUUUUCAAAAAGACU